AUGUCUGAUAAGCGAAUAGAAUCGAUGCUCUUCGAUUACGGCACAACAAACCGUACUGACUAUAGAAAUGGCGAAAUUAGGCCACAAUCAAUUACUGUGUACAACGAAAAACCACGGAGAGCACCACCGAAGCUGCGUCCACUUAAAGAUGUACACACGCUUUCCGAUUGGAAGGCUGAAGCGAUAUCUUUCAGUUUGUUACAUAGACCGAAGCAGAUAUUGGGCACCGAUCCAAGGAUUGUUCAGCAGCCUUGCGAAAAACCUGAAGACACAGAAAGAGAAAUCGCUCAAAGGACCAGACCCCGUAUAGUAAUGACCCCGGCAGUCAGUAUGGAUGACAUUGAAAAUCCAAGAGCCAGGGAUAUAUUAUGUUACGACAUGUACACUAGCGACACCAGCAAAGGACUAAGGGAAGCUGUAUCUUCAUAUUUCAGUGUCAAGGCUCCUUUACCUGGAUUACCAGCGGCUGCCAACCCUGUAGCUUUGGCGAAACUGCAACCUCCAUACGUAUCUCCUGAGUGGCGCAUGGAAUCAGUUUCUUGGGAUGGAAAGCAAUUAAGAGCCCAUUGUGAUCCAAGUAAAGAAUUUUGGCUGGGACGGGAGAGGUCUAGAUGCAAACCGUGCGACGAGUCUGCUCGUGUGAGAGAAUAUCGAAAAUAUUCGAAAAAGUUGUAGACUCAAUUUCUAACAGUUUUCAAACAUCAUUA